AUGGAAAAGACUGUUUUACCCCGAUAUCUUGAUCCUUUUAAGCUAAAUUCCUAUACCCAUUUUCGGUAUUUCUUGAAUGCUUGUGUAUCAAGAAUAUCGGGCCAAGAAAACGGAGCUCCAAUGCCAACACCCUUUGACAUGAUGCAUGCUAAGAAAAAAGAGCUCAUGAGUAAUGCCAUGAAGAGAACUACUGAAUGGAUUUCCUCCCAGGAAAUCGCUAGUGAUGUUACAAUCAACGUAAAAGGAAUUUCUUUUUCAUUACAUAAGUUUCCAUUAGUGUCGAAAUGUGGUUACAUGAGGAAACUUAUGUCAAACUUUAAAGAAAGUGAUCGCAUAAUCGAAAUCAAUGAUAUCCCAGGUGGGCCCGAAGGAUUCGAACUCGCAGCAAAGUUUUGUUAUGGAAUAAACUUCGAAUUAACAAUUCAAAACAUUGCGAUGGCAAGAUGUGUGGCUGAGUUUCUUGAAAUGACAGAAAACUAUGCAAUUGGAAACUUAAUAGCAAGAACCGAGGCAUAUAUAAACGAAGUGGGACUUAAAUCAUUGACUUCUGCUGUUUCCAUUUUACAAUCAUCGGAAACUUUCUUGCCAAUUUCUGAAAAUGUCAAACUUGUCACACGUUGUGUAGACUGUAUCGCGUUCAUAGUCAUGAAAGAAUGUGAGUUCUCUUUGUCAGCAAGUGGAGGAUGUAGUAGUGAUGGAUUGGAUUCUUCAUCUUCUUCAUUUUGUCAUCUAAAAGUUGUUGAUUGGUGGGCUGAAGAUUUGAUUGUUUUAAAAAUUCAUACCUUUCAAAGGGUUCUUCUUGCAAUGAUUUCAAGGGGUUUCAAUAAGUGUGCAUUUGGUCCGAUUCUAACGCUUUAUGCCCAAAAGUGUCUCCAAGAUUUGGAGAUAUUACGAAAUGGCAAGAACAAAAGUGACCCAAAUCAAGAAAACGAGAAAAGGGUAGUUUUAGAAACAAUAGUUAGUCUCUUACCAAGAGAAAAAAAUGCCAUUUCAGUCAAUUUCCUUUCAAUGCUACUUCGAUCUUCAAUACACCUUGAAACAACAGUGGCAUGUAGGCUUGAUUUGGAGAAAAGAAUAGGGUUACAACUGGAACAAGCUGUGUUGGAUGACAUAUUGAUUCCUUCUUUUCGGUUUGAUGGUGACACAUUGUUUGAUGUUGACACUGUGCAACGAAUCUUGAUGAAUUAUAAUGAUGUUGAGGGUAAUUGUGAUGAUAUUCAGAAGAUUAGGAAGCUCAUGGAGAGUUAUUUUGCUGAAAUUGCUUCGGAUUGUAACUUUUCGGUGUCAAAAUUUGUAAAUCUUGUUGAAUGUUUACCGAAGCAAGAAAGGGGAAUGGAGGAUGGAAUCUAUAGAGCUAUUGAUAUCUACUUGAAGGCUCACCCGAUUUUAGGUGAUACCGAAAGAAAGAAGCUUUGCAAUUUGAUAAACUUUCAAAACCUAACCCCCGACACGCUUGCCCAUGCUGCCCGAAAUGACCGGCUUUCUGCUGAAACGGUAGUUCAAGUUCUUUACCAUGAACAACAACGGUUAAAAGAUAAGAUAGAUGAUGAUGAUGGAUCUGAAGUACUAAACCCAUUACCAGAUGAUCUUUCAAGUUUAGAAAAAGAAAAUCAAGAUUUGAAAUUUGAGCUCUUGAAAGUGAAAAUGAAAUUAAAAGAGAUGAAGAUAUCAAAUUCUGAUAAGUCACCGUUGAUUCAAAGAUCAUUCAUGAACACCAUAUCGAAAAAGCUUGUGAAAUUUACUCCGUUUUUUAGGGCUGAUCAUGGGGUUUCACCUUCUGUUACUAGAAGUACGAAUAAGCUAAGUAAAGACAGAAGGCAUUCUAUUUCUUGAAAAUCUUGCUAUAUAUACAUAUAAGUUGAUUGUAAAUUUUGUAUAAUGUUUGAGUAUAUGAAAUAAAAAGUAAGUUUAAGUAAGAUGAUAAUUGUAGAAUGACAGUAUGUUUGGAAAAAGGAAUAUAUUGAAGACAUUAAGAUAUCGUAAUUGUGUCGUAUGAUCUGACAAAGACAAGCUUAUAAAUAAUUUACUUUGAUUCUUUAACUAUAAAUAGAAUAGUUAUUGGUUUUGUUAAUAGCCAAAUACUUAUAUGUAUGAAUUAAAGUUCAUUCUUAGUUGAAAUAAUGUUAUUUUUUUUUCUUGAAAAGAACACGUUUAUUUGAUUUUGAUCCCGAAAAAAUUGGGUGCAUUAUUUUGGAUAUAGUGGCAGACAGAAUACAAGGAAUCCUUUCUUGUUGGAUAUAUAUGUAGAUACAAAAUUACAAAUGAAGACUUGACGAGCAACGUUUCAAGAAUCUUCAAAGUAAAGUAGGUGGGGUAGAGUAGGGGUAAUGUAUUUUUUUUUUAAAUAGCUAAAUGCAUGUUUUGAUUUUUGUUCGUAUUAGAUUAAUACAUUUGUCAUUAUUGGUGAAAUAUGAACAUUGAUGUUCCGAAAAUAUCCAUCAUAGACGAGGGAUAACUUUUGGCAAUGAACUCCAUCGAAUCCGGUAAUAAUCGCAGCAAACCAUCGGCGAUAGCUUUGGGAAGUUAGAUAUUCCAUGUUGGAGCAAGUAGUAUUUAUCAUUAAUAUUAUGUGGUUUAUUAUUUUCUUAUUUUGACUAAGUAUCCCUAUUGGUGGAUAAAAAAACUUUUGUGGGUUUAUAAUAGUAAUUUCAUUUGAAUUGUUUCAAAAACAAUUUGUUGGGAACAAUAAAGGUAGG